GGGCGGGUUUAGUGCUAUUCUGGUAAUUAUUUUGCGUAGCGCAUCUGUAUGAUCUGUAUCGGCAAAAACACAGCUCUGUGAUGUGUAGGGUCUUCCUGACAAAUCCCGUGAAUUAUCCGAACAAGGUUUAGUUUAUCUACCCGGUGCUCGUCAAAACUAUUGAAGAUCUUCCUUAGAUUCCUUAGAACAUAAUGGGUGGACAUAGUCUGAGCUGCUCUUGACUUCACUAUUAGUCUCCAUAUAUAACCCAUCAGAAAGUAGCCUAAGAGUCAAAGAGUGUACUGGAUCAGGUGACGGCAUGACACAGGUAGUAGAGUCUCAAACUGAGGGAGAGGGCAGCCCCCAGAUGAUCUCCUUAAGAUCAGACGUAUCAGGGAACCACGUGGACGAUGGCGAAGUGGGACCUCCCAUAAGGAGGAAGAGGAGGAAGAAGAAAGACCCACGUCCAGAGUCCAUUAUUGUUUACCGCUCUGAAAUGGAGAGCGGGCUUGGAGAAGACCAAGGCAGUGAGGAGGGAGCAGAGAGGAGCACGGAGGAGGGAGCUAAAUUCCUCUGCACACCUACAGGCGAAGGAGGAGGAUGGAGCCUUCCUCCAGACAGCCGCUACGUGACCCUGACAGGCACCAUCACCCGAGGAAAGAAGAAGGGUCAGCUAGUGGACAUUCACCUUACUUUGACAGAGAAGGAACUCAGGGAUCUGGCUAAGUCAAAGGAACGUCUUGAUGCAGAGUGUGAGGCAGGAGACGGCUAUAAACGCAACUGCAGCUUAGGUCUGUGUCAGGGACCCCAUGUCGUCCUGUGGAGUCUCUCCUGUGCUCCCGUGAUUUUCCUCCUCUCCUUCAUCACUUCCUUCUACUACGGCACUCUCACCUGGUACAAUGUCUUUCUGGUAUACAAUGAGGAGCGGACGUUCUGGCACAAGAUUACAAUAUGCCCCUUCCUCAUCAUCUUUUACCCCAUGCUCAUCAUGCCCAUGGCGCUGUCUCUGGCUCUUUACUCCGCCGUGGUGCAGGUGUCGUGGGUCUUCAGUGAGUGGUGGCAGGAUGUGAGAGACCUGGAGAAAGGCUUCUGCGGCUGGGCCUGUGGGAUCCUGGGACUGGAGGACUGUUCCCCCUAUAGCAUAGUAGAGCUGCUUGACUCUGAUACUGUUUCUGGCACUCUGCAGAGCAAGGCCCCGAGUGAACUCGCCCAGACAUCAUCAGUGUGAGGUGGGUGGUGCGCUCAGGUCCAAGGCACAUAUUGAAGUAGGCCUAAGUCAACGUGAUAUGACAAACAUGUUCCAGAAAGUUCAAGUUGCGCACAGGAAAGUACUUGAAAGCUGUUUCAGUGUCCUUUUCUGUAAAUGACGACUUAUCAAACACUGCCUGAACUGAAACUGUUGAACUAUUAUUUAAAUUUUGUAAAGCAUUAUUGGAUCUGGAUCACUAUAAAUUAUUCCUCUAAGCAUGGGUGUGGUAAUGUUUUUUACUUUUAGGUUGUUAUUGUUAUCCUCCAAUCACUGAAUCCUACUCAUAACCUUUUGAUACGGGUAGGCGUUGUACAGCCUCCUGGCUGUGGACACUGAUACACACAUUGCUGGAGGCCUGGAAGUCAAAUCAAGUUUCACUUCAUCUGUAAAUAUCUGUAAUUAAAUGUAUGUCUUCACAGAGCUGUGCACUGACAUAAAAAAACAGUAUGAAUUUCAAAGGCAACGCUGUCUUGUAUGUGAAGUCAUCAUAAUCACUCUGAAGUUGUAUUUGAAGUAAAGCUGGAUUACCAACUGGAAAAACUGCCCCAAGGGCUACAUACGUGUAAAAUACUUGAAUUAAUUGGGGAUAUGCAUCAUUCAGCACAUUCUUGACUUAAACAAUAGCAUCAGUGGAAACAAGACAACUUUUUAACUUUUACCCUCCCUAGUCUUUCCAAAUGGUAUUAUUGUUGGCGUUGCUGCCACAAACUGAACCGGGUUGCUUUCCUUUUUCCUCAGAGCCUAUUAUCAGCUUUAUCCUUUAAUUAAUACCUGUAUUAUUCUGGAUGAUAUUGUGUUUACAUGGUGCAUAUUCCUAAAAAGAUGUGUGUUUCAUCAAGAAGUAGCCAAACAUGAAUAUUUGUUGGUGUUUGGUUAUCUACAUAUGUGUUGCUGCUGUGUGUGCUGUCACCUACAUCACCACAUAAACAAUGUACAGAGAUACGGAGGAAGAGUGAUCAAAAGCAGGUUAAUCCAGCCAAGUUUUGAAGCCAUAGUCAUAAUAAGAUGACAAAUCAGACAUUUCCUUGAGGAAGUUAUGUUGUUUUAUUGUCUUUUUUUCCCCUAUACUGUAUUUAGGGCACCAUCAACUCAGAUGUUUGUGAUUUAAAACUACAUGUGUUCUUUUCACAAUUGUGUUCCACAAAAAAGUAGUAAUUUUCCAACUGAGAAUUCCUGUUACAUUUCUACACAGUCAUGCUUUGAAUAUUGAUUUAAUUUAUUAUGAAUAUUUAAGUCUAGUACACUUCCUGACAUUGAUGUAGCUAGGUGUUUUACACUCUGGCACUUGUAAAUGUAUUGCAAAUGGCUAUCAUGAACUGAUUGAAAUGCAUAGCUGAUUAGACCUGAAUGGAUGGUGUAAUUCAGUUUUGUUUUCAUACAGGCAGACACAUGGAUCAGUGGUUGUGGUCAUUAUUCCACAUUACAUGUUGUGAAACCACAGGAUGCAAAGUAAAGAAUUUCAAAAAUGAAUAAAGUGCUAUGUCAUUACAUCACAACUAUGUAAACAUAUUUAAUCUACAUUGUGGAAAAGAAAACCAGCUAGUCAUACUGUGUACAUAUUAUGUGUGGUUUCUAAUGUCUUAGAAAAACAAGUUAGCGUACAGUAUAUCCCUGCAUGGUGCACACAGAUGCAGAUGGCUUUCUGGGGUUUGGGUGCUUUAAGAUCUGAUUAUUGGCCCCCUGGUGUUACGCUGCGAUGCUUACUGAAGAAAAUCCAUAUGCUCUAAAACAGUUUAUGAGACAAAAGCACUGUCAGAGUCAACACUUCUUUACCAACUUGUACUGGCCUGUUUAGUGGAGAAGGUUUUAUCUUUAUGUAGUAAAAUAAGA